AUUUUUCUCAGUUGCGUGAAUUGGGUUACAUAUAAUUUGGAUUAUCAAUACCGUGACAAUAAUGAUUUGAUAUUAACCAAUUAUUAAAUCAGAACUAGAAUGAAAGUGGAAAUCAAACGUAAUUAAACAAAUAUAAAUGAAGGAAAAGUAUUCUUUCGUGUCCAUUAUUUGACCAAAGUUGAACUGAAAAAUAUGUAUACUACAGCAUUAUAUAUUAUUUUUGUAAAUAUUCUCCAGUUGUUUGUGAAUAUCAAAUGUUCGGAAAUUCCUCCGGAUGCUAGAGAUAUGUUUCCAGCGAGCGGAAAGUACGAGGACAAUUUUCGUUACUUACACGUGAGAGAGUUUUCUACUCUAGCCAACAGAACAUUUCCUGAUGUAAUACCAGUCUUUAGUUCACAAUCUAUAUCAGAUUGUUCCAUCUCUUGCUUGAGGUACUUUUGUGUUGCAUUUUUCUUCAACGCAGAUAAACUGGAAUGCACCUUGAAUUAUUUUCGUUUUGAUCUUCCAACACUCACUGUUGAAGACAUUGGUUCAAAAUACUACCUGACUUUUCGAGAGGACUGUCCAGCCGACCAAGGCUACAUGUAUUACCCAACAGAAAACUUUUGUGUUAAGUUAAAUACAACUAAGAUACCAUAUCUCGAAGUACAGUAUAACUGUGUAUUAGAAAGAGCAACGACGGUAAAAGUUGACACCCUAAAAAAGCUCAACAUUCUACAAAGUUAUCUAGCUUCUCAAGGAUAUAACGAUGACAACGAUUUCGCAUACAUCAUGAGCAACCCUAUGCAUGGUAAUAAAUAUGGCUUAAUAGAUGGCACGGAAAUGCUUUAUUUUGAUUGGAUGUCUGGAGAACCAACGAAUGAUGGUGGUGGACGAAUAGUCAUGGGAGGAAGCAAUCAGAAGUUUUACAAUGUAGCUAAAGAAGAUCCCCACGGGUUUAUUUGCGAGAAACAUAUUUUGAAGCCAUAAUCUACGGUUAUAAUUCCCGGUUACCGAUAUCUUUAACCAGCUCGGCAACAUCAAGAACGUUGAAUAAUGUAUAUCUACGACAAACUAUACAGUUUAUGUAAAUUAUAAAUUGUAAUAGAUAACUUGAGAACAAAUAGGAGGUCACCUUUUAAAAAGAACAUCGAAUUAUUGUUUCAUGUACAAAAACUAAGAACUAUAUGAUA